UUAACCAAGACCAGUUCAUUCAGACUAUUCAGUUCCUUGUUCCUUUUUCGAACCUCGGACGACAAUCCUCUCAAGUCCCUCCCCUCUCUACAAAAUGUGCGACGUAGGCAUAACGGUACUAGACGGAGACACUCUAAGAUCGCUCCAUGUGUCCUUACGGGAGGACACCGUCUCUCUUACCGGAGCUCAGGUCCUCGAUUUAGCAGAAUCUGAAGCCUCCCGCUCUCUCCUUGGCCUCUCAUUGCCUCAACACCUCAAGUCCUCCGCUCUCCGUCGCAUGAACAUCGACGGCGUUGACGACGAAGGCGUUGACGAUGACGUCGAUUUCCGACGUAAAGAACUCAGUCCAGAAGAGGCUUCAAGGAAGCUCAAUGAGUAUCUCUCCGCCAUCGCUGAUGAACUCAAAGAUAAUCCAUUAGUGGCGUCGAUUUUGGAUGGGAGUGCGUUGCGGAUGUUUUUGGAGGAUGAAGAUGAUUUUGCUAUGAUAGCAGAGAAUUUAUUUACUGAUUUGGAUACAGAGGAUAAAGGGAUGAUUAGCAAGAGGGAGAUAAGAAAUGCAGUUGUUAAUAUGGGAGUCGAAAUGGGUGUCCCUCCUCUUGAAGAAUUUCCUUUGAUAAAUGACAUUUUAAAGAAGCAUGGAGCAGAGGAGGAAGGAGAAUUGGGCCAAUCACAAUUUGCCGAGUUACUUCAGCCUAUUCUACAAGAAGUUGCAGAUGCUUUGGCUAAAAAGCAUUUUGCAGUCAUCCAUAACAUCAAGAUAGUUAAUGGUUCUGAGCUAAAAAAGGUUUUGGCUAACGAGAAGAAAUUGAAUGAUGUAAUAGCAAAGAUAAAGCAGGAAAGGGACAAUGGAAAGAGUGGCCAUAAGAGCACAGAGAUAAUCAAGGAUUUCCUGGAGAAAAAUGGAAAAGAACUGGGCUUGCCACCAGCAGAAGCCAAUGAAGCAGUGAUUCUACUUUAUGAUGCUGUAUUUGCUGACAUAGACAGUGGAAAGGGUGCUUCUGAAGAGGAAGAUGAAUUUAGGAAACUUGUGACGGAAAUUCUUGAGAAAUUUGCAGAGCAGCUUGAGGCCAAUCCUAUCUACUGUGAUCUGGACGGUUGAGCGAGGCAAUUUGGUAUCUUAUUUCAAAUUGUAUGGCAGGUAGCACUGGUUGUUUGUGCAGUAUCACAUAUAAUUCUACUAUCCAUGAAUGUCGAUUGGAUUUUACAGACAUGAAUAUCAUCAUAUACACAUUGUUACACCAGUCCUGUAUCUAUCUUGGUGGUAGUAUAUCCAUGUAAUGCUUUUAUGUGAUCACUAUUCACACA